CCUUCUUAUUCUCCAUUUAAAACAGCAGCAGCGUCUGCUCCCUCACUAAGAAAAAGCACACAGUCAAGGUCUUCUGGUAACACUUCUCCCUCAUGUCCUAACAGAGAAGCAUCAGGCCAGGAAACACGUAUGGACGGCUCUGCCUCUAUGGAGGCUAACUACAGUAGUCCAAUUGGGAGCACGCAGCCUUCCCUACCUGCGGAAGAAGAGGGACAUAUUUAUGAGGUGGCAGUGCAGAGCAAUUCCAGCAACCACAGCUACCAGUUUGCAGAUGUGGCUCUGCUACAGACGUUCAAGCCUCUCAUCAUCCCUUGUUACGUGCUUGUGGUGCUCGUGGGCGUCAUAGGGAACUACCUGCUCCUUUAUGUCAUCUGCCGAACACGCAAAAUGCACAAUGUCACCAACUUCUUCAUUGGGAACCUGGCGUUCUCAGACAUGCUCAUGUGUGUGACAUGUGUCCCCUUCACUCUGGCCUAUGCCUUCAAUCCACACGGUUGGGUUUUUGGCCGCUCUAUGUGCUACUUGGUGUUCCUAAUUCAACCAGUCACAGUGUACGUUUCCGUCUUCACGCUCACAGCUAUUGCUGUGGACAGAUAUUAUGCCACAGUUCACCCUCUGAAGAAGAGGACUACUGUGGCCACCUGCGCCUAUGUCCUCACUGGAAUUUGGUUGCUUUCCUGUGGCCUCGUGGCUCCGGCUGUAACUCACACCUACCAUGUUGAGUUCAAAGAGGAAGGCUUCACUAUCUGUGAAGAGUUCUGGUUUGGCCAGGAGAAGGAAAGACGGGCCUAUGCCUACAGCACAUUGCUGAUCACAUACGUCCUCCCCCUUUCGGCCGUCUUUGUCUCCUACCUCUGUAUCACAGUCAAGCUGAAGAAGUGUGUUGCCCCUGGAAACAGGUCACAAGACCAGGUGGAUGUUCACCAAGCCCGAAAGAGGAAGAUAUUUCGCCUUGUUGCUCUCCUCGUGUCUGCCUUUGCAAUUUGCUGGCUUCCCAUCCAUGUCUUCAACGUACUGAGGGACAUUGACAUUCACCUGAUAAACAAGCAAUACUUUUUACUCAUUCAGCUGCUGUGCCAUCUCUGCGCCAUGAGCUCCUCCUGCUGCAACCCAUUCCUCUACGCAUGGCUACACGAUCGCUUCCGCACAGAGCUGCGGAAGAUGCUGAAGUGCAAUCAUCGCAUUGGAGUCCCAUCCAGCCACUGUGCUGCUGGUGGGGUUUUAUAACCUGCUUGUUUUAUUUUUCAUUGUUUGUGCAGAUAAGAUCUUGGGCAGAACAUCUAUCAUUAUAAAGUAUAAGUGCAACUCAGCCAUCAGUUGUGCUUGGUGAAAACACCAUCCAGGCCCUACUAUUUUUAGUUUGCAGUCUGGCAAAACUGAAGUGCAUAUUUCAGCUUCAUAUACCUCUUUUUCAUCAGAACAAAUGCUGCUUACUAGGAACGUCUUGAGAUAACAUUUUCAAUAUGAUACAGAUAUUGCAGCUUUGAGAAUUGCUUAAUCCUGAUAUUACCCUGAUAUGAUUUUAGCACAAAUCCUACCAGCUUUUAAGACAUUACAUCAUAAAGAAUCAAAAGGUGGAGUACCACCAAUCUUUAUUUUUUAACCCAGCAAAAAUAAAUAACGGUUUAAAAGUUCCACAUAGGCUGCCAUAGUGUUUAUCUAAUGUUUUUAUAUAAACUAAAAAAAAACUGCAUUCUGUGCUUUAUGAUUUAGUAUCUUACUUAUUGGAUGAGAGACGUAAAAAUACUAAUUGUGCUGCCGGGACCCUUAUGACACCAAACCUUUUGAACACCAGGUGGUACCUAUUAAACAUCUGCUAGCACAUCACUACUGGAGAAGAGAGUAAUGGUAUUGAAAUCUCAAUCUCAAAAAUGUUAGCUCAUAUUUUGAAGAUGUAAAUAGUGGUUUGUCCUAUGACAAGGAUGUCUAGAAAAACAUUGACCACAAGCUUUUACACUUAAUAAACUAGAAGUGUGCUAGUUUGAAAGUCCAAAAGUUUUUUCAAGAGAGUCUGUUCUGCAGACCUGCCCUGUCAGGACCCUUUGUUGAAGACCUGCAAAAUGGGAUCUCCUGCACUGUCAGGACCUGGGAUUUAUUCCAGAAGUGUUAUCCGAAGCCUUCGGGAAUAAUGUGUUUGCUGCUGGUGUUCUUUCAGAUCAGCAUACCCCGUCAGACCAGCAUACCUAUAGUCAUAACGCAUGCGCAAGACAUCAGAUUUGAGUUUAUCCCUUUAUUUUUGUACAACAAAAAUAGACUUUAAUCUACCUCGAAGUGUAUCCCUUUUGUCAUGUACAAAUAAAAACAAUGGUCAGAUUGCCAUACACUUAAAAAAAACACCAAAAAGUAAGUAAUUAAAUAGUUUUUUGUACAUGACUAAAGGGAUACACGCCAGUUGAGGUGGUUUAAAGUGUAUAUUUCAUACAAAAAUAGAGUUAAAUUAAAGGGAUAAACUAAAGGGAUAAACAGAGAUAAUUCAGUUUCUUAAGCCCUCUGCUCCAGGUUGUUGUUAUUUAGGAAACAAUAUAAAGACAAGUUUAUUAGAUUUCCCAGGAGAGAUGUAAGAGCAAUUAUCAAACACCAGUAAAACAGUUCUGAUUUUUAUAGUUGGAGAUCAUUGCUUUCAAAUCAAUCCACACAAAAUUAUGAUAUAACAGCAACAUACGUUUUGACCUGCACCGGCUGUAAACAAAUUCACCUAUCUCCAGAAUACUACUGCUUGCUGUUCGUUAUACGAUGCCAUCAGUCCACACAGUAUCUGGUUUGUCCAGUAUCCACCUGCUUCUAAAAGCCCUCAAUGUCUCAGAAAAAUAAAAAAAAAGGAUUGUUUUGAAAUACAGUGGAAAAGCAGAAUGUCAUUUAUUGUUUUCAACUCAGGGGACCCCAAAACUCUUUGAAUUCAAUCAUUCACACACGUUCACACACUGCUGGUGGCAAAGUACAUUAUAGUCACAUUUGCCUUGAGGCACCCUGACAGAAGUGUUGAACUGCAGCGCCUUCUGACCACCAAAUUGACAGAGCAGGAAGAGCCUGCAUCCUAUCCCACUGUCGCCCCACUUUAUGACCCUACCUUUGAGAUCUAUAGGCUUUCUAGCAACAAAACAGUUUAAUGAACGUUGAAAUGAUGAAAGUUUCCCUUUAAAACAUAAUUUCAGAAUGAAUUAAUUUUGUAGCUGAUGAGGAUGGGAUUGAUUUAUUGAUCAAAUAAAACGCUUUAAUUUCAGAAUGACCAUGUUUUACACUAAAUUAAACAAUUUAUGUAUAAAAUAGAAGAUUUUAGUGUUUGGAUGUAAUGCUUUGGGAGGUCACAGUUUGCAGAUUAACUUGAAUGAUCUAACUGUUAUGUUUUAGAAUAUUGUUCCCUGUAAGGUGAUGAGGUUAGUUAGCUCCAAGCUUUCAUCGCUUCCAUCCUUCAGUUCUCCAAUACUUUUACUAUUGUUUGCAGGAACUAUUCGGAAAACAUAAGAUGUGCUGAAUAUAACUUCUGAAUCAGAGGGUCCUGAUCAUUGACUAAGCAAGACUGAGGCUGAGGAAAAUGCUGUGUAUGUGGAAAGGAAAUGAAAGGAAAAUGAAACUAUCAGUUUAGAAAUGAUCACAACAUGUAACCGAUUUUAUUAGAUUUUUUUUCCAGCGAGGAUCUUACGUCAGUUCAAAAUACGUCCUUCAUGUCCUCCUUGAACCAUUGUGAGCUUCAAAUAAUAAAGCUUUCAUUUCCUUCAUGCUAGUAGCAGAUGAAUGUACAAUGACAACGAAGUCAUCAACUUGUUUUUGAAAUAGAUUGCUUGAAAUGUCCUGUAUAUAAGAACAAAAAACAGUCGCCAUGAUCGUGCUGUACUGUGAAUGCAAUGUUGCUUAUAGUAUGACUACAUAAAAAGUAUUUAUCAGAGACAGAGACUGAUUAGCUGCCAGGUUGGCCUUAUUGUCAUGUGUUCUUACUGAUUUCCUUGCAACUAUUUUAUCAUGUUCCUGACAUUCUUCUAUACUUAUCUGUGCCAGUGAUGAUUGGUUCUUACAUACAGAAAAGAAGAUAAUCAUAAUACAUUUAUUUUUCUCUGUAAAAUUAUGUUUGAAAAGGCAAAUGCCCUAAAAUACCCCAUUGAUGUUGAAUACAAAGCACAAAUUACACAUACAAACUAACCCAAAUUGGUCCAAAAUUUGAAUCUAAUCAAAUAUAAUAAAAGAAGGAAUAAUUAGCUGCAACUUAAUGAAAAUGGAUGCAAAAAGACAUAACAAACUAAGAAACAAGCUAGAUUCUGGCAUCAUCUUUUACAAAAAAAAAUAAAUGAGUUCCUGUUUGUUUAGUUCUGAUUUCUAGAAAGGAUUUAAUGAUAAGAAAAAGCUAACGCCUUACUUGAGACGUUUGAAACGUUUGAGAACAUACUGAUGGAAAUGGAUAGAGGUUUAAAACCGUCUGAAUAUUCCAGUAAGUACUGCUAUAAUCCUGAUUUGUAACGAUCAUAAUUUCACCAUAAACCAGGCAUGACUGAGUGCUCUUUGCAAGAUUUUUUGAGAAAAGAGACAAAGUACCUCAGAGGAGUUUUCCUAGAACUGAGGAUCACCAACUAAGUGCUUUCAGAGAGAUCUGUGAAUACAGGAAAACAGUAAGUAGCACUCAACCUUAUUGGUGUCAGAGCAAAUUCACAGCAGAAAACAUUAUACUUGAACAAUAUAGUUGGGUCUGAAUCCAUCAGUGCAAAAAAACCCUGUUGAGAGAAAAAAUGUCACUCAAAUCCCCAAAACACCAUUUCAACAGUGAAAUUAAGAGGUGGAAACAUCAUGGCAGGUGGUUUUUAUCACCAUAAGCUACUGGCAGACUUCAUGUAGCAAAAAAAAGGAUUACUAGAAACAAAAGAGUUCAGAAAUGGAAAUCACUUCAAAGACAAUAAAGCAGGUAAUAAAAAAAGCCAGUUAUCUAGAAUGACCUGAAAUCUUUAGGAAGACAAAUUUGUGUGAAAGAAUGGGUCAACAUCCCACCUGCACAAAGCAUGGUGGUAGUUUCUCAACACAGGAGAGAUCA